CGCUACCGCGUUCUCCUCUCUCUCUCUCUCCUCACUCCUUAUUUUCUCUGCUUCGGAAACGAAACCUGUGCCACCACCUCUGACCAAAACCGCAAGAAACUUUGCGGCACCCAAGACAAAUUAGAACGCAAACAUUCUGAUCAGAACAAAGUCUAAUUGCCGGAAAUGGGGUUUCUCUUCCUGCCCAUGAUUCGAUCAGUCCCGAAAUUCGUCAGUUUCGCCACCUUGCUCGUCUUUGUGCUUUCUUGCACCAGCACCUUCAUUGCCACAGAAGCGUAUGAUCCACUCGACCCGAACGGAAAUAUCACCAUCAAAUGGGAUAUCUUAAGCUGGACUCCUGAUGGCUAUGUUGCCUCUGUUACACUUUUUAACUUCCAAAAGUAUCGGCACAUUCAGGCACCAGGAUGGUUGCUGGGGUGGACAUGGGCAAAGAAGGAGAUUAUAUGGAACAUGGUGGGAGGAGAAACCACAGAUCAAGGGGAUUGUUCAAAAUUCAAAACAACAAUUCCCCACUGCUGUGAUAAGACUCCUACAAUUGUUGAUCUAUUGCCCGGAACUCCAUACAAUCAACAAUACGCAAAUUGUUGCAAAGGAGGAGUACUUAGUUCAUGGGUGCAAGAUCCAGUAAAUGCUGCAGCUUCUUUUCAAAUAAGUGUUGGUCAAGCAGGAACCACGAACAAGACCGUCAGACUUCCUAAAAACUUCACCCUUAACACACCCGGUCCUGGGUAUACUUGUGGUCCCGCCAAUGUUGUCAAGCCAACUCAAUUUAUCAGUCCAGAUAAAAGGAGAGUCACUCAAGCUAGGAUGACAUGGAAUGUGACGUGCACGUAUUCGCAAUUCCUGGCUCAGGCAACUCCUACAUGUUGUGUCUCUCUCUCAUCCUUCUACAAUGACACGGUAGUGCCCUGCCAAACAUGCUCAUGUGGCUGCCAAAGUAACGCAACUCAUCCAGGAAGCUGUGUAGAAUCAAAUUCCCCCUAUUUGGCUUCAGUUGUCUCAGCCUCCAACAAGCAUAGCUAGCCUCUAGUUACAUGCACUAAUCACAUGUGCCCAAUCCGAGUUCACUGGCAUGUCAAGGAAAACUACCAACAAUACUGGCGAGUGAAGAUUACAGUUACAAACUUCAAUUACCGGAUGAAUUAUUCCGAUUGGAACCUGGUUGUCCAGCACCCAAACUUUGACAAUCUGACCCAGAUUUUCAGCUACAACUACAAGUCGAUAACUCCAUAUGGAAGAAUUAAUGACACUGCCAUGUUAUGGGGAGUUAAGUUCUACAAUGAUGUUCUGAUGCAAUCUGGGCCUCUUGGUAAUGUACAGUCAGAGCUGCUUUUCCAAAAGGGUGAAGCAUUCACAUUUGAUAAGGGUUGGGCGUUCCCUCGAAGGGUCUAUUUCAAUGGUGAUAACUGUGUGAUGCCACCUCCGGAUGCCUAUCCACGGUUGCCAAAUUCUGGUUUCCGGCAGCAUGUCUCUCUACUUACUCUAAUCAUGACUUUUCUAUCGACCGUUGCAGUCAUGUAUGCUUAUGUUUAACCCGAGCUCGAAAAUGUUCCAAUCUAUGAUUUUCAAAGGGUAUAGUACUACAGCUUAGAUGGGAAAUUUUGGAAGCCACUGGAUGUUCUGAUGCGUAUUGGUGAAGUGCUUCCGACGCGAAAUUUGAUGUCGUCAAAUGUGCUGUUGAUGUCCAUUUUUUGUAUUACUUACUGUAAAGGCGGGCUGCUUCUGGCUGUAGUGUUGUAUGAAUAUUCAUGUAGCCAGACCCUCUUGGUUGUAGGGUUUACCAGAUGAUGUAGUCAUGAUUGUAAAUCCCAAACGCGCAAUUGAAUCUGAUCAGAGUAUUGUUAUC